AUGCCACUACCGACUAUGGUCGCUACUGGCCUACAACAACCACUACCGACUAUGGGCGCUAUACCUGUCACACAACAACCGCUUGCUAUAGGCGGUAGACUAUUUACACGGUUGGGUAAAAUUGGCCAGGGUGCCUUUGGCGAAGUCUAUUUGGUGGGAGAGCUAGGUACUGGCAAUCUCUUCGCUGUCAAGAAAAUUGAUGUAUCGGUCAACAGUACAAGUCUAAAAAGUGAAAUUGCGCUAUUGAACUUUGCAAAACACAAGCACAUUGUUACUUUGUAUGRUGUCAAAUUCAUUGGCUCCCAAGCCCUUAUCCUUAUGGAGUACUGCUCUGGUGGAAACCUCAAUAGCCGUUUAGCCAAGGGAAACAUCACCGAAAGCCUCAAACUACGAUGGAUGAGCGAGCUGGCCGACGCCACACGUUUCCUUCACUCACAAAACAUCGUCCAUCGUGAUUUAAAACCAGAAAAUGUCCUUCUGACGUCGAAAGAUUCGAUCAAGUUGGGCGAUUUUGGUCUCGCAAGAGUAUAUACAGCGGCCUCAAUUGCUUCAGGUCAAGCUUCCUCAAUGAAUUGCUACAUGGGACUAUUAGCGGGCACAAGAGAUUGGAUGGCGCCUGAAGUUUUCCUUGGCCACUAUACGGAAAAAGCAGACAUUUUYUCUCUCGGCGCCAUCUUCUACACUAUUCAAACCCUUAGCUGUCAAAUGAACCCGCGAGGCGAGAAACAUUUCUUGGGGUUUGUCGUUCAUGGUGCAAAAAAGCUUGGCUUUGGGGAAGCACUACUGUCGAAUCURAUGCUUCCUUUUGGCAACAUGCCUCCAGGGUCAAGAAAAGAGCUGAUUCAAGCUAUGCUUUGUAUCAACUACAAACAGCGGCCCAGUGCCGAACAAAUUUACAGUAUCAUUCAAGGUAUCAAUGUUGAAGAACAGUUGACAACAUCAUUAGCUAACCUCUUGCAGGGCUAUUUAUUUCCUUAGCCUUCAUCGGAGUCGACUACGAAGUGAUACUUAGUUCGGUUUCUAAAGUACAUCAUUUUAAUAUAUCUGACAUUAAAAUGCAAGUUCUUUUCAUUAAAUAUUGCAAUGAGAAGGAUAGCAAGUACGGUUUGAAAUGAAGUUGAUUUCGUAUUUGUGAAUUUGCUGAAUGAAUUCAGUAUGACCUUUUACUUUUCGAUAUGUUUACUUUAGAGUCCUAGACUGUUUUGAUUAUUGUAGUUACAUGUAGUUUCAUGCGUGGCAAACCCUCUUGUAGUUAAGCCCACUAUACUAUAGUCUUCUAUUUGACAAGCCAGAUGUUAGAUUUAGGCCAAGAGAAAGUUGAAAAAAAGAAAGAAAAAGAGAUGCAGUUAUAGGUCUAUAAAAAAACGUUAUAAGAAGAACUGACUUCAGACCCUCCAAACACUUUCUGAUUCAGGGCCGUAGCCAGAAGAUUUAUCGGGGGGGGGGGGAGCACAUCAAAUAGAAAACGGACCUAUGAGUAACAUUGCGACUCUUUUUCGUGAUUAAAUAACUUUUUGGUGAUAAAAGCGGACUUUUUUGCAUGUGCACCCUGUGCUCCCCCCUAGCUACGGGCCUGUGAUUAUACUUAAUUGUCGUCUAUGUCUUUCUCAGCCUUAGCUAUGUUGACUUGUUUAUGAAACGAGCUAUUAGUGUAGUUUAUAAAUAGCUACUUAAUGUAAUCGAGAAUGAUAGAAAUAAACAUACAGCAGUCCAUGUUUUACAUGAGCUACAUGUAGUCAGGAUACGAAUA